AUGUUGGUUGCCAUUUCAUGCGGAGCAGCAGAGUCAGAAAGAUUCAUUUUCCUUUCCCUCCCCGAUCUUCUUCCUCUCAGAAAACAUCCUGCGACGCUGCAAAAAAUAAGUCCUCUAGAAGAUGUCGAACGUAAAAAGCUUGGAAUUCCACUCGUUAUGGAAGUGAUGGGUUGUUUUCUCUACUGUUCGUUUGAGUCUGGGCAGAUUCUGGAAUUAAAUGAAAACUUGACGGUUUCAAGAGGUGUUCAAUUUGGACGGAAGUGUCAACUACUAACAGCGAGUGUCUGCUUGGAGAAUCAGAAAAAAAUCAUCUUUAUUGGAGAAGCUGACGGAAAGAUUUCAAAAGAAGGAGAAGACGCUAAAAAGCGAGCAUGGGAUCUGAUAAAGGUCAGCCCAGGCUGCAUGGACACUAGGGAAGAUGGCAAACUACUGGCAGUCGGUUUCGUGACCGGACAAGUUGCACUUUUAACCUGCAAGAGUUUGAAGCCCCUUUCAGGUAAGUGA